AUGUACAAAAGGAAUUCCAAUGGAUCCCGUCCUGACAUAACAAAAUCCAGAAAUAAGCGGAUCCCCAGCAGUACUGUGCAAGGUACCGUGUGGGUUGCACAGCCUAAUGUGUGCCAGGCUGGGGGUAACUAUCCAUUUAACGCCGUUGUGCCAAUUCUGCAGCAAAGCAUCAACCGCUUCCAUUCCAGGUUGAAAUCACCUAGAGUUGAAUCUCGCAAGCUUUAUGUUGUAGAAACAAGCGAACUGAUCAAUGGGACUACAACAGCCAAGUGUAAUACAACCCCAGGGACUACAACAGCCAAGUGUAAUACAACCCCAGGGACUACAACAGCCAAGUGUAAUACAACCCCAGGGACUACAACAGCCAAGUGUAAUACAACCCCAGGGACUACAACAGCCAAGUGUAAUACAACCCCAGGGACUACAACAGCCAAGUGUAAUACAACCCCAGGGACUACAACAGCCAAGUGUAAUACAACCCCAGGGACUACAACAGCCAAGUGUAAUACAACCCCAGGGACUACAACAGCCAAGUGUAAUACAACCCCAGGGACUACAACAGCCAAGUGUAAUACAACCCCAGGGACUACAACAGCCAAGUGUAAUACAACCCCAGGGACUACAACAGCCAAGUGUAAUACAACCCCAGGGACUACAACAGCCAAGUGUAAUACAACCCCAGGGACUACAACAGCCAAGUGUAAUACAACCCCAGGGACUACAACAGCCAAGUGUAAUACAACCCCAGGGACUACAACAGCCAAGUGUAAUACAACCCCAGGGACUACAACAGCCAAGUGUAAUACAACCCCAGGGACUACAACAGCCAAGUGUAAUACAACCCCAGGGACUACAACAGCCAAGUGUAAUACAACCCCAGGGACUACAACAGCCAAGUGUAAUACAACCCCAGGGACUACAACAGCCAAGUGUAAUACAACCCCAGGGACUACAACAGCCAAGUGUAAUACAACUCCAGGGACUACAACAACCAGGUGUACUACAACCCCAGGGACAACAAUCAAGUGUGCAACAACCCCAGCAGCAAGGCAGACUAUGGCGAUAACGUUUUGUUCCGUUAGAAGAUGA